AUGGGAAAUCUAUCCACAACGGUGAAACACUGCCUGAGCUAUGAGCAACUUAUCCAGGACUAUCCAUGGCUGAGACGUUGGCUGUUGGAGGAAGGAGAGGUGGGUGCCCUUCUUACUGCUUCAGCGUAUCUGGAGAAUGUGAAAAUAGUCGAAGUUGGCCCCAGAGAUGGACUCCAAAAUGAAAAAGAAAUUGUUCCAACAGGCGUGAAAAUCCAGCUGAUAGACAUGCUCUCGGGAUCAGGCUUGCGUGUGAUCGAGGCCACCAGCUUUGUCUCCUCAAAGUGGGUGCCGCAGAUGGCCGACCACACUGAGGUUCUCAAGGGAAUCCACAAAGCACCUCAUGUUCAGUACCCUGUAUUGACACCCAACCUGCAAGGCUUUCAGGAGGCUGUUGCAGCCGGUGCUACUGAAGUGGCAGUAUUUGGCUCAGCGUCUGAAACCUUCAGCAUAAAAAACAUCAAUUGCUCUAUCGAUGAAAGCAUGCAGAGGUUUGACGAAGUCAUCAGGGGUGCAAAAGAGGAAAUGAUUCCAGUCCGCGGGUAUGUUUCCUGUGCCCUUGGAUGCCCCUAUGAAGGUCACGUUGAUCCUUGUAAAGUUGCCAAAGUGGCCAAGAAAUUAUAUGAGAUGGGAUGCUAUGAGGUCUCCCUGGGGGACACCAUAGGUGUGGGAACUCCAGGUUCCAUGUGCAAGAUGCUGCAGAGUGUGAUGAAGGAGGUUCCAGCCAGCGCUCUAGCAGUUCACUGUCAUGACACGUACGGCCAAGCAUUGCCAAACAUCCUCACUGCACUUCAGAUGGGAGUGCGCGUGGUGGACUCAGCAGUGGCCGGUCUGGGAGGUUGCCCGUAUGCUAAGGGUUCAUCUGGCAAUGUUUCAACAGAGGAUGUUCUCUACAUGCUCCAUGGCAUGGGCAUCCACACUGGGGUAAACCUGGCCAAAGUCUUGGAAGCGGGUGACUUCAUCUGCACCGCUCUAAAUCGCAAGACAAACUCCAAGGUUGCUCUAGCAAGACACACGAUGCCAUAA